AGAUGUAGUCUCCCAGGAAGCACAGAAGCAUGCCUGCUGUGUCAGCGACCAGAGGCUGACCUGGACAUCUGCGGGGAAAAUCUCAAGAUAAAUGGACUCUGUGCCCACGAGUUCUGCCUGUUUUUUGCCAUCCACCUUCCUCAGCACAAUGAUGGUCGAGUAGGACUCUUUGGCUUUCUCCCAAGGGAUAUCCAAGAUGUAGUCUCCCGGGCAGCACCGAAGGGACAGGCUCUGAGCUCUGGAUUUUUAACCCUCCGGUGCCCCAUCUGCAGAAAUAGGCAGGCAUUUCUCAUGGAUAUGUUCACCAUGGGGAUCCGAAUCCCCUUCAGACCACCACGAGGGGAGGGCUUGAAUGCAUUCGCCGAGCCAAGAGACAGACACAGGCACUGUGAUGCCAGUGAGUGCCUUUGUCCAGGAGGCAGGCAGGAGGCAGAGGAGGAGGGGCCCUGGGAACUGCUCCUGUGCCCCUCCUGUGCUGCUGAGGGCACUCACAGACACUGCUCUGGCCUGAGGGACAGUAUAACCAGCUGGGAAUGUGAUGGCUGUGCUGGUCUGGGCACAGCCCCCAUGGAAGAGCCUGAGCCUGACGGCCCCAACCUGUCCACACAGUCAGGAUUGGAGCCUUCCCAUGAACCCGGGUCCAUCAGCCCCAGCACUGGUAACCAGGUGCCAUCGGGGAUGUCUGCCAGUUCUCCAGAGACCAGCAACCCCAGCACCAAUCAACAGGCAACAUCAGAGCAGUCUCUGCAAUCUCCCUCACAGGAGACGAGCAGCCCCAGCUCUGAGAGCCAGGUGAAAUCAGACUCAUCCCACAGCAGCUCCUCAGAACCUGAGGUCAGCACCUGCUCCAGCAGUCCUGACACAAAACCUGACACAAAACCGCUUGUGCCAGCAACAUCGGACCCCAAUUCAUAUGGCCGGUCCUGGACUCCUCAUGACAGGAGACGUUGGGAAUGUUUUGCAAUGCAGCGGUGCCACCGCCUUGAUGCACUGAAGGCAGGGAAGCAGUGGCGGGGUGUUGGCAGCCCCGUCCUGUCCCUGCUGCCGGCGGCCCGGGGGCAGGAGCGCCCCGGCGGUGCCAUGGCGGGGUUCCCCUCAGGUGUGGGCAGCCGCAGCCCGGCCGUGCGGGGCGGCUCCGGCGGUGCCAUGGCGGGGUUCCCCUCAGGUGUGGGCAGCCGCAGCCCGGCUGUGCGGGGCGGCCCCGGCGGUGCCAUGGCGGGGUUCCCCUCAGGGCGGCCCCCGCUGCCCGCGCACGGCGGUGUUGCCGGGGCAGCCUCGUCCCCCAGGCACAUCUGUGCGCUGUGA